CUCUCUGUUUCCCUGCUUUCAACAUGGCCGCCGAGGAGCUGCCGUCUGAAUUUGACGUCGUCAUUCUGGGUACAGGUCUUGCUGAGUCGGUGGUAGCAGCAGCUUUCUCCAGAGUCGGUCAGAGAGUUCUUCACCUCGACAGGAGGAGUUAUUAUGCAGCUAACUGGGCGAGCUUCACCUUCAACUCUCUACUCGCCUGGAUACAACAGCACCAUGAGGAGCCUCAGCCAGAAGAGCUCCAUGAUUGGUCCAGUCUGUUGGAGGAAGGGGAGGAGCUGAUCUAUCUGUCAGACUCUGACUCCGCCUCCGUCAGAAACCUGCAGGUGUUCUGCUUCACCAGUGAGGAAGACGAAGAGGAGGAAGCUCAGAGUCCUGAUGCUCCAAACACCACAGAAGAAGAAUCUGCAGGUUUCAAUUCAAAGUACGAAGAAACAAACCAGAAACCAGAAGAAGAAGAAGAGGCCUCCCAAACAGAGGGGGAGGAGCCAGAGCCAGACCAGCCAACCCCCACUGCUGCUCAGAUCCAAUCAGAGCCGACCAAGAAGAAGAUCAGCUACGCUCAGCUGGUGAAGGAAGGACGCAGGUUCAACAUCGACCUGGUCUCCAAGCUCUUGUACUCUCGCGGCUCAUUGGUCGACCUGCUCAUCAAAUCAAAUGUCAGUCGCUAUGCAGAGUUCAAGAAUGUCACCAGAAUACUCACCUAUCGCCACGGACAGGUGGAACAGGUGCCCUGCAGCAGAGCUGAUGUGUUUGCGAGUCGUCAGCUGUCUGUGGUAGAAAAGAGGAAGUUGAUGCGUUACCUGACUUCCUGUGUGGAGGAAACGGAGGAGCAGCGAGCCUACAAUGGUCGGCCAUAUUUGGAGUUCCUGUGUGACCAGCAGCUUGGUGACAACCUGCAGCACUUCCUGCUUCACUCCAUCGCCAUGGUAACAGAAGAGACGCCCACAGAGGAGGGCCUCGCCUCCACGCGUCACUUCCUACGCAGCCUGGGUCGCUACGGCAACACGCCCUUCCUGUUUCCUGUCUACGGCCUCGGAGAGAUACCCCAGUGUUUCUGUAGGAUGUGUGCUGUGUUUGGAGGAAUCUACUGUCUGAGACACUCAGUCACCUGCCUGCUGGUGGAGAAGGAAACCAACAGGUGUAAGGCAGUGAUUGACAGCCGAGGACAGCGAAUCAGCUGCAGCCAUUUUGUUGUGGAGGAUGGCUUUGUGGGGGUGGAUUGUAAGAGGCUGGCCACGCCCACCAGGUUUCUCUCCAGAGCUGUUCUGAUAACUGACGGCUCUAUUCUGCCCAGUAACUCUGACCAACAGGUCUCCAUGAUAACGGUUCCUCCAGUAGCAGCAGGGUGUCCUACGGUGAAGAUGGUGGAGCUCUGUCCGUCCACCAUGACCUGCAUGCCGGGAACACAUUUGGUUCACCUCACCUGUCAGUCAGUUGGCUCCGCCUUCGAGGACCUGUCGCCGGUGGUUACCAGGAUGUUCCGCACGCCACAGUCACAUGACCAAGAGAAGAACCCGUCUGGUCUCUGUACUAAUACGUUAUCACUGUUACCUGUCUGUAGAGAAGAACCCGUCUGUCCUCUGGUCUCUGUACUAAUACGUUAUCGCUGUUGUCUGUCUGUAGAGAAGAACCUGUCUGUCCUCUGGUGUCUGUACUAAUACGUUAUCACUGUUGUCUGUCUGUAGAGAAGAACCCGUCUGUCCUCUGGUGUCUGUACUAAUAUGUUAUCACUGUUACCUGUCUGUAGAGAAGAACCCGUCUGUCCUCUGGUGUCUGUACUAAUAUGUUAUCACUGUUACCUGUCUGUAGAGAAGACCCCGUCUGUCCUCUGGUGUCUGUACUAAUACGUUAUCACUGUUACCUGUCUGUCUGUAGAGAAGAACCCGUCUGUCCUCUGGUGUCUGUAUUUCAACAUGGCCGACGGUUCGGAGGUCAAAGGUCACGACCUCCCAUCCAACGUGUUCGUGA